AUGGGUCGUCUCAAGACCGCCGGUGUGGCAACCUUUCUAGCCCUUGGUGGCUUUCUCUUUGGUUAUGACAGUGGCAUAAUCUCCUCCACAAUCGCGCAGCCGCACUUUAUCGAGUAUAUGGGAGAACCCUCUUCAUCAGAGAGAGGAGGAAUCGUUUCCUCUUUCACCGGGGGUGCCAUACUGGGCGCCCUGUCCAUCUCGUUUCUCGCAGACAGGUUUGGUCGACGGAUAACUGUCUUUAUCGGUUCAGCUAUCUCGGUCAUUGGUAGUGCGCUCCAAGGUGGUGCCGUGAAUGUACCCAUGAUGAUCACCGGAAGGCUUAUCGCAGGGUUCUCCGUCGGUCUUCUUUCAGCUAUUGUUCCAAUGUACUGUUCUGAGAUUGCGACAGCUGAGGAUCGUGGAAAGCUGUCUGGUCUUUUGCAAUUCAUGCUUUCAUGGGGAUUCUUCGUCGCCCAAUGGCUCGGCUACGGGUGCUUCCAAGUCGAUAGUCACUUCCAAUGGCGAUUCCCCCUUUCCUUUCAAGUUGUUCCGGGUGUUAUUAUGGGAUCUGGGAUCUGGUUUCUGGCCGAGUCUCCACGAUGGCUGGUUGAAAAACAGCGAUAUGAAGAGGCCAAGGCCAUGCUUGAACGCUUGCACGGCAACGGGUUGAAUGGUGAUUUUAUUCAGCUCGAAUUCCGAGAGAUUGUCGACACCAUUACAGCUGAGAAACAGGUGGCUGUCAGUAGUUGGAAGGAAAUGAUAUCCAGGGCAUCCUGGCGCCGGAGACUCAUAUUGGGGAUGGGUGUUCAAGCAUUUGGCCAACUAUCUGGGACCAAUGUCAUUAACUACUACGGACCCCAGAUAUACCAAAUACUUGGAAUCGGCACCGGAACAUCACUCAAAAUUAUCGGGAUAUCUGGAAGUCUUUCCAUCAUCUACUGUGCCAUCGGACUAUGGCUCCUCGAUAGAAUCGGCCGCAUCAAGCCCCUUGUGGUCUCCGCUGGCGGUAUGGCAAGUGCGCUCUUGGUCAACUCGGUUCUAUCCAAGUUCUAUGUCCUGGCAGGCGAUCCUUCUCCGAAUAGCAAUGCGCUCCGAGCCAUGGUGGCGAUGAACUUUGUCUUCAGUUUUUUCUAUACCAUGAUCGGCAUCAUAUCUUGGGUUUAUCCCGCCGAGAUCUUCCCUGUCGAGAUCCGAGCACGUGGAAACUCCCUCUCAACGGUCACCAACUGGAGUCUGAACCUGGUAUUUGCUCAAUGUGCGCCUAUCGCUCUGGAUUCUCUUGGGUUCGGAUUCUUCUACUUCUUCUUCGCGUGGAACUUGAUCGCUGCCAUGGAUGAGCUGUUUGGUGACAAUGAUGUGCUUGAGGCUCGCAAGGAUGCUCAUGUCACCGUGGCUGGGCCUACUGAGGAUUUGGAUGAAAAGGUUUAG